UUCUUUCCAUCUGUCUUUCCAUCUUUCUCUUCCUCUUCAUCUCUUCUUUUCUCUGAUCAAUCAUCUCUCCAUCUCAUCUUAUCAUCAUAAUCAUCGUCUUCUUCUUCCUCUUCCUCGUCUUAUUCAUUUUUCCUCUGUCUGGUCUAAUAUCACUAUAAUAAUAAUAGGACCCCCUCCUACCCGUGCCCUUCUUUUCUUUUUCUAUCGCAUGUUCGUCUACUAGAUUCUUUAUCGUCAUGACCCUCCGCUCGUUCCUCCUAGGGAGCGUGCUUGCCCUCAGCAGCGCUAGGGCCUUGCUCGUCGUCCCUGAAGUUGAAUCGGAUGCGUUCGCUUUCCCCGGCGACACUGUCAGCAUCCUCCCCCUUGAGGCCCAGGCGGCCCAGAAGCAGCAAAUCGAUCUUCCCUGCACCGAAUGUCCCUUUGCGAUUCAAAGUGGCGACGAAACAUACCUGUCGCUCGAAUUCUCGAUCGAAGAUGGCGUCCUCCUGGCCAACGACCACCAUAUCUUCCCUCCCGCACCCCCAUCUCCUAUCACCGCCGUUCAGCGCCACCUGACUGAUGGCGAAGAGUCGCAGCCCGUUCCCUUGGGCUACGCAGUCGAAAUGAUGCCACUCCCCUCCCCCCCAGAGGAACCUUUUGAUAUGGUGGCUGUUCGAUUCACGGUUCUCGACCUGGACGGCUAUCCCGUUCCUUUGGACACCGUCGCUAUCACUCUCAUCCAUGACGCGGAAGGCAACCUGUUCAUGGUGAAGACCGACAUUGAAAAAACUGCCGACCGGGCUUCGUGGAAGAAGUGUGAUGGAAAGCCCAAGUGUCUCAGACGCUUCAUGGUUGAACGCAUCCGUUCCAUGUUUGGCGCAGCUAAGGAGCGCUUGGUUGGCAUGUUCAAGGGCAAGGGCUGCAAGGGGCUUAAAGGCUUGCCUCCCCCACCUUUCCCACCCCGGCCUCACCAUGACGAGCUCGAUCAUGACUUCCCUGGCCAUCACUCUCCUCCUCCUCCCCCCCCUCCUCCUCCUGCUGAUCACCGUCAUUCCCAUGGCAAACCUCAUCACGGAGACUGGCAGCGUACUGCUCAUCGCGUCGUUCGCUUCAUUGUCGUUCCAGCUAUCCUUGGAGUCUUCGCAGGUCUUGCCGCCAGCGCUCUAGGUAUGAUUGUUGGUCAGCUUGCCGUCUUUAUGUGGCGUCGUUACCGCCGAUCUUCCCCGAAGGAAACGCUUGAGCCGGGAUCCAGGGAUGAGAAGCAGGGCCUGAUGACCCAAUCGGUUGAGGAGCUUCCUCCUGCUUAUCGCGAUGAAGAAGCUCCAGCGGAGGAGGUAGCCGACAAAUCCUAAUGGCCCGUCUCUCGCCCAUGUAAUCUAUCCCAAGAGCGUUGAGAACGUAGCGAGGGGCUUUGUCUGUCGAAUAGGAAAAACCUUCGGUGAUAUUUAUUGGAGACCAGGAGACUUUUUUACUUGAUCGGGUUUUGUCCUUGCUUUCGUUUUCUCGUCGUGUUGUGACACACACACACCCACUCUCUCUCUCUCUCUCUCUUUACUUGUAUGCAAUUUCGUCCCCUAGCCGUAGCUCUCGUCAUAGUUCCAAUG